CGACAAUCGGUUAGUAAUUACUUGCUGCCAACUUGAAGAGUCUCAGCUACAGAACAGUUCCGUACAGGAGAAGAUCUUCUAUCGAAAAUGGCCACCCUUUCGCUGGACGAAGAAGUCCGACUUUUCACAAACAAUGCUGAGCGAGAGAAGUACAAUCUCCUUGGUACCUUGUACGGAAUCAUCGUCGCACUUGAUUACCUCGAGCGCGCCUAUGUUCGUGAUGCAAUUACCGCAGCACAAUACUCUCCUGCGUGCACGCGUCUUCUCUCGCAGUACAUGACCAUGCUCAAGCUUGUCAAGGAUUCCGUUCCUUCCGUUGAGCAGUUCAUGACACGGUAUCGGAUGGAUAGCCCCGCGGCGUUACAUCGCAUACGAGUUGGCGUACCAGCAACUGUUGAACAUUCUAGUGAGGCGGGACCUGAGACUGGAAAGUGGAUCGCUGAGACGACACAGAAUUUUAUCACAUUCAUGGAUGCGCUGAAGCUUAGGCUACGCGCUAAGGAUCAGCUUCACCCGAUCUUGCAAGAACUUGUUACAGGAUAUGCUAGGUUCAAGGGGAGCAAGGACUGGGAGGGACGGAGCAAAAUGGUCAGCUGGCUUAUUACAUUAAACAGCAUGAAGGCAUCCGAAGAAAUCACAGAAGAACAGUCCCGGCAGCUUUCAUUCGAUGUCGAACAUGCAUAUGCCGAAUUUUUCAGAAGUCUGAGCGGCAGUAAGGAAAGGUCGUAACAAAGAUGCCCUCGAUCAUUUCAUAUCCAGGCGGCCCCACUUUGUUUUAAAAAUAUGGGCAAUCAAAGAUGUGCAGUCGGAGAGUCUUUGAGGACUAGUCAUCCUGUGUCUUAUCAUGGUUGCCUAGCCUGAUGCGUGUGGCUUCAGUGAUUGACGCAGCAAAUGCUGUCCAUCAGGAUGUACUCGUAUAUGGACAAACAAGACAAUUACCAAUACGCUGCUGCGCGAUGACCUGCCCUGCGCGUUCUGCCGUACAUAGAUAUCCGUAAUCCUUUGAAACACGAUAAACCGAUACUAAUUCUAGACUUUCAG